AGUGGAAAAGGGAAAUUGAAAAGAAAAAUACAUAUCCCGGUUAAGAUGCCAAAAGUCCAUAGACAGAAAGUAAAAGUAGAUUCUGUGCUAUAUUGUUCAUGAUCUGCUCCCUUUUAAUUGUAUUGUGAACCAAAACAUUCCCAACUAUGCUGCUUAUUUGAAAAUGUUGAGAUUCAAGAAACUAUACAUCUUACACCCUUUUCUUUUGAUACUCAAUUUCUUGUUGACAACUUCGAUUUCUCAAAAUGCUUCAACCACCAUUUCUGAUGAACCAAACUUUCACACACCAUUGUCCCCAAUAAACCAGAUGAUCAUAUGCAAAUCUCAAAAGCCCUACCACAAAUGUGAAACUCUGAACGUCACCCACUCUUCUUGUUCUUCUUCACUCAACUAUGCCUCCCCAAACCUUCUCUCAGCUGGUUUUACAUCUCGAUCCAACUCACUUUUACUUUACAACUGCUCAAACUCAAAACUUCCAUCAUCACCACUUUCCCACACUUUGACAUGCUUACAUACAUCUGGAGCUUCUUCAAAGAUCCAAGAACUUGAAGGGGUUUCUUCGACUUCUUGUUUACUAGCUGAUGAUCUCACAAAGCUUGACAUGGAAUUUAAUCCAAGUGAUUUGAAUUGCUCAUGUUAUGGCAGAGUCUACAGAAAAUCUUCAGGUGAGUACUACGAAGAACAUGACUUCGGGACUAGAAUUGCUUUUGAAGUGCCUGACCACAUACCCAAUAUCUGCAAUGAGUGUCAAAAGGCUAACGGCAAUUGCAGUGAAGCAUUGAGAUGCAUAUGUCACCCAAAAGAGUGUAAAAACAAGGUCAUUUCAAAGGGUGGAUCCAUUAAUUCUUUUGGUUAUAAUAUCCUUGUUUCUUUGCUUCCUCUUUUAGUAGUGAUAGUUUUGAUAGUGAAUCCUUGAGGCUAAGGAAACUAUUAGUCUCAACUCUCAAGAGUACUGCAUACUCCUAUAUAUUUUCUUCACUGUCUUUUCUUAAAUUUGCAGCGCUCUUGAAAGAAACUAAAA